AUGGAGCUUCCAGAACCGAUCAGAAGACGUUUAGGACACUUUUCCAGAACUGUGUUUGCUGAUCAGAGUCGUACUCAACCAUCUCCCGAAGAUCAUGUCACGUUUUUGGGGCACAACAGUGAGGUUGUCUCCAGCCUGCCUCUCCAGAUGUCACUGUUCUUCAACAUUUUUUUCCCACUGUGGUGGAUCAGCGAGGUGGUGAUGCUGCACCUCAAGUAUCCAGCCCUUCCUGACUACUAUAAGUUCAUCCUCAUCACCAUCCUCAUCCUGAUGACUCUUGUAGAGGCUAUCAGACUCUACCUAGGCUAUGCAGGAAAUUUGCAAGAGAAGGUCCCUGAGCUGGCUGGUUUCUGGCUCCUGAGUCUCCUGCUGCAGUUUCCUUUGAUUCUGUUUCAGCUCUUCAACCAAGCCAUUCUGAUCCAACCUCUGGAGAGAGGGGUUCACUUAAUUCUGGCCCUGUUCAUACUCACACAGGCCCUCUCUGGCUUUGUGGCUCUACGUGGGAUGGUCAGACACACAGAGAGCCACUUCCACCUCAGACAGUUUGAUGGGGUUCAGGAGCUGCGGGCAGCCUGACUGCUCUGCUGAGCUGACAUGCAGAGACAGAGGUACUCGGGUGUAAAUCUCCUAUUGAUGUUGAUUAUGAGACAUUUGAGUUGCUUAAGUGUAUCUCAAGUUAGAAUUCAGCUCUGUGUUUUCAGUGGACCAUGUUCAGACAUUAACACAAUGUGUUGGUGCCUUGAGUGAUACUUUUUUGGGGGGUUGUUGUACAGAUGUGGACAAAGUUUUUAGACGUAUCUGUUUCACAAUGUUUAUGUGACAAUAACACCAAGUCUGAUUUUUUGAGAAUGUAGUUUUCUAACAUAAUUUACUGUAUAGAUAGUGACUCAAUCUGAUUAUGCCUUCAAUCGAUGAAUGGAAAAUAAAUAAUUGACACUGAAAUUUAUACAUAAUAUUAUAAAAAGUUAAAAUAGGUUUACAAUGACAUGAAGACUCAAGAAAAAGGCACACAAUCAAGACAAGAAAUAAAUGUAAUUUCUAUAGCCAUCUGAAAGGCAAUGUGCUGUACAUGUUAAGGCACGUUCACACUGCACCUUACACCAGGGCUAAGAGCAGUGUUUGACUUGCAGGAGCUCACAUUUAAUUGGAUAUAUCCAUGCUAAUAAUAUUGUUGCAUGUUUUUGCCAGGAUCAGAAAGUUGAUGUCUCGUUUAUGCACAGCAUUCUCUGUACAGGGGCAAGAUCGAAUUUCAAAAGUGAAACAUUGUUUCCCAUGUCGGAUAGGCAGAUAUACUAACCAUCACUGUUGGAAAUCAAAUGCAAGGCUAGUAGAAGCAAAAGGAAGUACUGUUAAUAGAUGUUUAAUUGCUUGUAA